AUGAGUGUGAGCCUACCAAAUAAGCCAAUUAAGAGAACCAACCACUCAGUAGUGUCUGAGUUUGUGCUCCUGGGACUCUCCAAUUCACGGGAGAUCAAGCUGUUUCUUUUUUGCUUUUCUUCUCUUUUUUAUGUGUUUAGUGGGAUGGGAAACCUUCUCAUAGUGAUCACUGUGACUGCUGACCCUUACUUACACUCCCCCAUGUAUAUUCUGCUGGCCAACCUUUCUGUCAUUGAUCUAAUAUUUUGCUCAAUUGCAGCACCCAAGAUGAUUUGUGAUCUUUUUCGGAAGAGGAAAGUCAUUUCCUUUGGGGGCUGUAUAGUUCAGAUCUUCUUCAGUCAUGCUGUUGGAGGCACAGAGAUGGUGCUGUUCAUAGCCAUGGCCUUUGACAGAUAUGUGGCCAUAUGUAAGCCUCUCCACUACCUGACCAUCAUGAACCCACGAAAAUGCAUCUUUAUUUUAGUGCUUUCCUGGACCAUUGGCCUCAUUCACUCAUUGUCCCAGCUGACUUUUGUUGUAAAUUUGCCCUUUUGUGGUCCUAACGUAUUAGACAGCUUUUACUGUGACAUACCUCGUCUCAUCAAACUUGCUUGCAUGGAUACUUAUGAACUGGAAUUCAUGGUCACUGCUAACAGUGGGUUCAUUUCCUUGGGUGCUUUCUUCUUGCUUAUCCUUUCUUACAUCUUCAUCUUGGCCACUCUUCAGAAACACACCUUAGGUGGUUCAUCCAAAGCCCUUUCUACUUUGUCAGCCCAUAUUAUUGUUGUGGUUUUAUUCUUUGGCCCACUGACUUUUUUCUAUGUAUGGCCCUCUCCUUCAACACAUAUGGAUAAAUUUUUAGCUAUAUUUGAUGCCGUUUUGACUCCUUUUCUGAAUCCAGUCAUCUAUACAGUGAGGAAUAGAGAGAUGAAGAUGGCAAUGAGGAGAGUGUUUGGUCAGCUUAUGGGUUGUAGAAGAAUAAUUUAA